GGGAGGCGAGCGCUGGAGAGACCCUCAGCCCUUGACACGGCGUGUCACCGUCCCUCGGCAGGUCAAGCAGGCUGUGCUCAGGGCGAUGGGUGCCAUGAUGGGUGUCCUCCUGCACGUGGAGGAGCACCGUGAGCACGCCUGGGAGCAUCUCCUCUGGCUGCUGCACCAGUAUCGGGAAGUCUGGGACCCCUCUGGGGUGACCGUGAGUCUCGGCUAUUUCCUGGGGGCUGUGGCAGACAUUCAGACCCGCGUGCCCCGGGCCAGGCAUCUGGCCAUCGCCACUGCUGUGCACCAGCAGCUCUGCGAUGAGAUGGAGCCGCCCAGCCCAGAGCACAGAGCAGAGCUGUGCCGCUGCAUGGUGCUGCAGGCCCGAAUUUGCCCGGAGGAGACCAUCGAGUUCCUCUACUACAAGCUGAGGAACGGGAGCAAGGCCGAUCGCGUGGCAGCCGUGGCAGUGCUGCAAGCUCUGGUCCGCUCUGACGCCCCGGACACGAGGGAGAAGCUGCCCCUGUUUGCGAAGCUGGUGCAGUCCGUGUGCCAUGACCCCGCGGCCCAGGUGAGGAGGGCAGUGCUGCAUUUCAUUGGGGAGCUGCUGCGCUCCAGUGCCCUGGGCUGCUCGGCGUGGGACGUGGUGGGGCACCUCUUCAGCGAGUUCAGCCGGGCCUCGGGCAGACUGGCAAUGGGAAACCUUAGCAUGGUGGAAGCGCGGGAAGAAAGGGCUGUUCAGAGCCUGUGCGCCCACGUGCUGGGCACGCUGGAUGUCUCUGCUGGAGCGGUGGCCAAAGUGAGUCGUCCUCCACCUGUGCGCUGGGACCCCCCACCUUAG